UCCGAUUAAUUUUCGUUACCGCUAGUUUGGGCGGAAGUUAAGUUUUGAAACCUCUAUUGUGAUUGGAUGUGAAGAUCACGUGUGCCCCCGAACCAGGAAGUUUUGGGCGAAAUCAUUUAUUCCAACGUAAGGGCGCAUUAAAACGGUCAAAUCACGAGGUAAACCUACAUAAAUCAUUUUCGCAAACGUUUAUGCGAGCCUUUUUGCGUGACGUACGGGUAAAACGGUGAAUGUAUGCGCUAAUGAGAGUGUGGGUAAAGUUGGGGCGGAAGUUACGCUCGUGCGCGCGCUCGAGCGCGAGCGAGCCGAAGCCAGGUGGCGACCGAAAUGGCAUCGCGGCCGGAGCCGGUCCACGGCGCGGAAUGACAGCUCGUCGGAGAUGGCGGACAGACCUCCGACGGUGUUCUCCAAGCUGCUAGCCGCCGGCUUUUACGGACUCAGCUCGUUCCUCAUCGUGGUGGUGAACAAGAGCGUGCUCAGCAACUACAGGUUCCCCUCGUCAUUAUGCGUCGGGAUUGGGCAAAUGUUCGCCACGGUGGUUGUCCUGUGGGCGGGCAAGGCUGCGAAGGUGAUCGCCUUCCCGGACUUGGACGAGAAAGUACCUCGCAAGAUAUUUCCUCUACCUCUCCUUUAUGUGGGCAAUCAAAUAACUGGUCUAUGUGGAACCAAAAGGCUCAACUUGCCUAUGUUUACUGUACUCAGGAGGUUCUCCAUCUUGUUCACAAUGUUGGCCGAGGGAUUCCUGCUCAAGAAGAAAUUCUCCAGAUCGGUCCAGCUGACGGUAUUCACGAUGAUACUUGGGGCAUUUAUCGCUGCAAGCGCCGACAUGUCCUUUGACCUGCAAGGCUACGUCUUCAUCCUCCUCAACGACGUGCUCACCGCGGCCAACGGAGCCUACGUCAAGCAGAAGUUGGACGCCAAGGAGCUGGGCAAAUAUGGACUGCUGUAUUAUAACGCGUUAUUUAUGAUCCUCCCCACCCUGCUGCUGGCCCACGUGACUGGCGAUAUGCAGAAGGCCAUGGACUAUGACAGCUGGUCAGACGUGUUCUUCCUCAUCCAGUUCUUCAUGUCCUGCGUUAUGGGGUUUGUCCUCAUGUACUCCAUCGUGUUGUGUACGCAGUACAACUCUGCACUGACCACCACCAUCGUGGGCUGCAUCAAGAAUGUUCUGGUGACAUACAUCGGGAUGGUGUUCAUCGGAGACUACAUCUUCUCCUGGACCAACUUCAUCGGCUUGAACAUCAGCAUCGCGGCCAGCCUGGUGUAUUCCUACAUGACCCUGCGCGAGGAGCAGCCCAGCAAGGCCAGCGAAAGCACCAAAAUGGACAUCAAGGGCAAGGUGGUCGUAUGACACCGGGUGGGGGCUUUGGCCAACUUCUUUAUUUAUAUCUGAGGAGGAGGAACCGAUGGUUGAAAAUCAUCUCGGGGUUUGGAUACAUGGUUACGCAAAGUCGGGUACAAUAUUUUUAUUAUUAUUAUUUUUAAAACAAAAACAAAAGAUGGUCGCAUUUGUAUUUUAAAGUUUUGAGAAGGGAAAAACUAUUUAUGGGACUUUCCUAGCCGGUUUACAGGACACACACAGGAGUCAACUGUUACUUUUGGACCUUUUUAGCUGUUUACGAGGAAUGUAACACGGAUGCCUUCGAUGUCACGUCAUGUCGUCAUAUUUUCUGUGUACUCUUUUAGUCCGUUCAUUAUUUUUUUUUUUUUUUUUUUUUUUGCACAUGCACUGUUAAAACGGGAGUAAAAGAGCAGUUUACCUUUUAGCUCGGUCAGCGCUACAAAAAUGUGUGUGUGUGUGUGUGGGGGGGGCUCUUUUGCAGUUGUUUUUAUGACGCAUCUCGUUGCACUUUUGUCUGAGCGGCCCACCUCAACACGUUACAUACGUCAAUGGAGAUUUUUGUACUUUGCGGGUUACCUUCAAGUUUUUAAAAGUCCAGUACGAGCGUUUUAUGUUUUUUUUUUUUUUUCUCACUUUAUUUUGGCUUAAGAUGAAUUUGAUUCAACUUUGUAACGGAGUCGACGUGGUGUAUUUUUUUACGAUGCUUGUUCCUGUCAUCGAAUUAAAAAGAUGAGCCAGUUGCUCUUUUUACAGCUUGCUGUGCUUUGAGUCUCAUUGAGUGUCAAACUCAAGGCCCGGGGGGCCAGAUCUGGCCCGCCACGUGAUUUUAUGUGGCCCGCGAAGCCAGAUCUAGUGUCAAUUUCCGUGAUUCUUUCAAAUCGUUAUACAUCAGAAAUGAUCAAAGUUGAGCUAUUACAAGGAUUUUUAUGUUACCAAGCGUGAAAAGUUGGAAAAACGCAUUCCCCUUGAUUUCUGAUUCCAAAACUAGAUCAUAAAUUGAUGAUGUAAAUAUGAUAUGAUUAAAUAUUUUUGUUCCAGUCAUAACGGCCCUGUGAGGGGAAACUGGAGCGACGACGUGGCCCGCGAGAAAAAUGAGUUCGACACCCCUGAUUUAAUGAAAGAUGCGAUAAUUGAUUAUAAAGAUUAAUCAACUAUUUGGAUUACCAACUAAUUAUUUAGAGCCAUUGUGAAAUCCUCAAUUUGUCUCUCAACAGUGACUAUUGUCAGAAUCCACGAAAGCAAAAAAAAACAUACGACACAUCUGCUUUGACUAUGGAAUGUUUUGACCAUUUUCAGAUGAUUU